AUGAAGACAUUUUCUGUAUGCUGUCUUUUGAUGAUUGCAUAUUAUACAUGUGCAACAGUAAAUGCCGAUGUAUAUUUCAGAGAUCCCAAACCAAAUAAUGAGUGGUGGUCUAGCACCAUAUUGUAUCAAGUAUAUCCGAGAUCGUUCAAAGAUAGUAAUAACGAUGGAAUUGGUGAUUUAAAAGGUAUUACCCAGAAACUUGACCAUUUUGUUGAUCUUGGCAUAGAAACAUUAUGGGUCGGUCCAUUUUUCAAAUCACCUAUGUAUGAUAUCGAUAUGGGAUAUGAUGUUGAAGAUUUUUAUAUGAUAGAUCCUAUCUUUGGCACAAUGGAUGAUUUAGAAGAAUUAGUUUUUGAAAUGAACAAGCGAAAUCUUAAACUGAUAAUAGACCUUAUACCAAACCAUUCAAGUUCCAAGUGCGAGUGGUUUGAAAAAUCAAUCAAACAAGAAGGAAAGUACAAAGAUUAUUACGUGUGGCGUAACGCUUCGAAUCAAGACGAAGUCCUAAGUAACUCCUCAAUUACACCAAUACCACCAAAUAAUUGGUUGAGUCUAUUUGGUGGUCCUAGUUGGACAUGGAAUAAACAACGAAAACAAUUUUAUUACCAUGAGUUUAGAAAGCAACAACCAGACUUUGACAUGAGAAAUCCGGAAGUUAAGCAACAAAUUUUAGAUGUAAUGGAAUUUUGGAUGGAUAGAGGCGUGACUGGCUUCCGAAUUGAUGCCUUUAAAUAUUUAUACGAAAAUAUCUCACUACCAGAUGAGCCUUUUAAGCCAGGAAGGAGCAAUGCAUCCGAAUACACAGAAAUGUAUCAUAUAUAUACGACUGAUCAACCAGAAGUUAUUGAUUCUGCAUUAGAAUGGAGAGCGUUUAUGGAUGAUUACACAAAAAGGAAGAAUAAAACAAUUUCUAGUUUAAUGUCAACAGAAUCGUAUUCACCCGUAAAUGUAUUAAUGCAAUAUUACGGCAACUUUAUGAAUUCUGGAGCUCAUAUCCCAUUUAACAUGGGAUUAGUGAUUAUUAAAAAAGAUGAUCAUAUAGUCGAAUCUAUAGACACCGCAAUCAAAGAUUGGUUGUAUAAUUUGCCAGAAAACGCGGUGCCCAACUGGGUGAUGGAAAAUCAUGACAAUCCAAGGGCGUCGACGAAAUUUGGCGCUCUAACAGUACCAAUGUUUACUGCGUUGAAAUUAGCUCUUCCUGGUAUUGAUGUAACAUAUUUUGGUGGUCCAAUAGCGGGGAGAGCUAGAGAUUACCAAAGGUGUCCGAUGCAAUGGGACAAUUCGAUUAACGCAGGUUUCACCGAAGAGAAAAAGUCAUGGUUACCAGUAAAUCCAAAUUAUUACAAGUUGAAUGUCGAAACACAGAAAAAAAAUCCAACCAGUAACUAUAAUUUUUACAAAAAAAUGUCUCAACUUCGAAAAACUGGUACUUUAAAAAACGGCGAUCUUCAGACUUAUAAUAUUACCAAAUCGAUUUACAUUUUAAAGAGGUCACUAUUAGAACACGAAUCAUACAUAGUCGUAACGAACUUUGGCAGUGAAACUGAAACGAUCAUCUUGUCUAAUGUCAUACGAGAUAUCAAAGAUGAACUAUUCGUAUAUUUAGGAAGUGAAAAUUCUGAGUACAGCCCCGGAAAUAAAGUGUCUACCAUUUCAACUGGGUAUCCAUUACAACUGCGACCACAGUCAGUAGUCGUAUUAACCGAUAAAUAUAUUGAACCUGAAUCUCCAAGUAAUGGAGCUAGUGGUUGUAUAGAAUUGAGUUCGAAAUGUAUUAGUUUCAUCUGUGUUUUUGUACUUUCAAGAUGGUUUUUAUAA